AUGGCGCCGAAACAGGCUACUUUGGGAAAGUUCUUUGGAAACCCGAACGCAAACACAUCGAAACAGCAGUCGAAGCUGUCUUUUUCGACCAAACCGAAGGCCCAAAAGAUAGAUGCAGAAAUCAAAGAUGAGCUGGAGUCAUCUACCGGAGAUGUCAAAGCCGAGCCCGCAUCCACGGCAGAGGAGAUAGAAGUCAAGCAGGAGACAAGCGGCGAAGCGAUGGAAUUAGACAGCUCCUCCUCAGAGACUGGAAAGAAGAGGCCUGCGAAGGAAGAAGAAGAAGAAGACUCAGAAGAUGAGCCCCCCAUGAAGCGUCAGCGGAGAAAGCCCUCAAAAGACUCCGAACCUUCGAAGAAGCCGAAGCCAGCAGCAAAGAAAUCUGAGAAGGCGUCUGUAAAGUCGAACAAACAACCUACGAAAGUCAAAGCAGCGGUGCUGGAAGACGACGACGACGAAGUUGCUACAACAGCCUUGGCCAGCAAAGGCAAGAAGAUCACUGGAAAGUCACCUACGCCUGCACUACCAGACUACGACGGCAGUGCGAAGGAAGAAGAAGAAGAGACACUUAGCUCAGACGAGGAGCCAGAGGAGAUGAAGAAAAAAGCGCGGGAAAAGGUGCAGACUGCCCUCAAGUCCAAUACAAAGGACCCAUAUCCUGACUGGAAGGCUGGGGACCCUGUACCGUACGCCGCGCUGUGCACUACCUUUUCGAAGAUCGAAAUGACCACGAAACGACUGGAGAUAUUGGCACAUUGCUCGCUGUUUCUACGACAGGUGUUGCGUUUGACACCAUCCGACCUGCUACCCACUACUCUACUCAUGAUCAACAAGCUCGCGGCCGACUACACGGGAGUCGAGCUUGGCAUUGGGGAGUCACUCAUCAAGAAAGCCAUUUCGGAGAGUACAGGUCGAACCCUGCAGCACAUCAACAGCGAUCAUAACGAGAUCGGUGACCUUGGACUUGUGGCGGCCAAGAGUCGAUCGAAGCAGCCAACGAUGUUCAAGCCCAAGCCUCUCACUAUUCAAGGCGUGCACAAAGGCCUGUUGGCGAUUGCGACCAUCGAGGGGCAGGGUGCGCAAGGACGAAAAGUUGAUGGCAUCAAGAAGCUACUUUCCGCUGCUGAUUCUCACAAUGCUGGUAAGCAUAUCGAUAUAGAAGAAAACAAGGGUGGUCCUAGCGAAUCGAAAUUCAUCGUGCGCACACUUGAGGGUAAGCUCAGGUUGGGCCUUGCCGAGAGGACCGUUGUUGUUGCGCUCGCUCAGGCCAUGAUAUUUCACGAAAUGUCGCAAAACGGCAAGACACCCUCAACGACUGACCUGGGAACGGCCGAGUCGAUACUCAAGACUGUGUACAGUGAGCUCCCAAGUUACGAAGUCAUCAUUCCAGCAAUGUUGGAGCAUGGCAUUCUGCAGCUGCGUGAAAACUGUCGACUGCAACCCGGUGUACCACUCAAACCUAUGCUUGCCAAGCCAACGAAAUCCAUCACAGAGGUUCUUGACCGCUUUGAAGGCAAAGAUUUUACAUGCGAGUACAAGUACGACGGAGAGCGAGCCCAAAUCCAUUUCGUCGCGCACGACGCCGAUAUGGAAAUGGCGACGACAGCUCCGUCCGCCGGAAAGAGCGACCGCGGAGUAUCCAACAUUUUCUCUAGGAACUCGGAGGAUUUGUCCAAGAAAUACCCAGAUAUUCUCGCAAAACUACCCACUUGGAUCAAAGAAGGCACAAAGAGCUUUGUUUUGGACUGCGAAACAGUGGCCUGGGACAUGGUCGAAAAGAAAGUCCUGCCAUUCCAACAGCUCAUGACCCGUAAGAAGGAAGGAUUCAAGGUCUGCGUCUUUGCCUUUGACAUACUCUACCUCAACGGUGAAGCAUUGGUCAACAAGUCUUUCCGUGAGCGCCGCGAACACCUCCAAGAUGCAUUCAUUCCUAUAUUGCUUGAAGACUCAGUGAAAGCGUCCUGCGAGGGUCUAAUGGUGAAGAUGCUUGACGGCCCGGAAUCCUCAUAUGAGCCAUCCAAGCGAUCUCAAAACUGGCUGAAGGUCAAGAAAGACUACCUUGCUGGCGUUGGCGACUCACUCGAUCUUGUGGUUUUGGGAGCGUACUUCGGCAAAGGCAAGAGAACCAGCUGGUACGGAGCUUUCUUGCUCGCGUGCUACAAUCCUAACACACAGAACUACGAGUCGGUCUGCAACAUCGGUACUGGCUUUUCCGAAGCUAUUCUCGAGACCCUACAUGAGCAGUUGUCGGAAAUCGUCAUUGACAAGCCAAAGCCGUUCUACACGCACUCCGUGGGCAACAAGGACCAGCCUGAUGUAUGGUUUGAGCCGCGCUACGUGUGGGAAGUCAAGACUGCAGACCUCACUCUAUCACCAAGAUAUCGGGCUGCAGCUGACGAGGUCUCUGGUGGCGGCAAGGGUAUCAGUUUACGUUUUCCCCGUUUCAUCAAGGAAAGGGACGAUAAAAAGCCAGAUCAGGCGUCCACAUCGAAGAUGAUCGCGGAGAUGUAUCAACGGCAGGAGAGCGUAUCCAAGACCAAAGGCCCAAGUGCGGAUGAUGAUUUCGAGUACUAG